UUUCUCUCCAAGCCUAGAAGCGGUGGGGAGCCGGUGGGAGGCCGACGGGAGGAUCUUUGCAACCCGGACACCCACGCGAAGCUCAGCAAGGCCCACAGUUCCUUCAAUUUCAGGCCAUUUCUGAGAGGACACUGGUUGCUAGAGCCAAUUUUACUGAUGGAAGGGUUCGGCAGCGAAAUCGAGUUCAUUCAGAGCCCUUCGGACCCUUUCGCAUACGACGCGUUCCGGUGUCAAUUUCCUGGCUGCAAUGCUGGGUACCGGCGUAAGGAGCAUCUAAAGCGCCAUGAAGAAUCAAAACACGCCCAGCAGCUGGUCUUUGUCUGUUCCACCUGUAGUCGCCAAUUUAGCCGAAGAACGUUGCAAUUUAGUGAUACACUUCGACGCCAUGUUCAAAAACAGCACAAAAUAACAGAGCCCCUAAAUCGCGCGCGCCGAGCUUGUGCGAGUUGCCACGCAUGCAAGAGUCGGUGUGAAGGGGGCGUGCCAUGUGAGGAGUGUGUUCGUCGCAACAUUCAAUGUUCUUUUCAAGAGCACGAUGGUGUUGCAGAAGAGCAAUAUCCUAGUUCCUUGGCGCCACUUUCAUCAUUUCGGAAUGAUGAACAGUCGCAAAUAUAUUAUUGGGAGAAGAGAAAGCAGUGCGUCGAUCGUUACUUUGAGACAUUUCAUCCCCGUUGGCCUUUCAUCCAUAAAGGAACGUUCGAUAUACACCAGGAAACCCCACUACUUCUACACUCAAUGGUGGCUAUGGGUAUGUGGGCCUCGGGAGAGCGGUCUGCGCAGGCUGCGGCAGUGGAGCUUCAUGAUAAACUUGAUUUUGCUAUACGAGAUCAAAGGGAGAAAUGGGAUGCCUCAGAAGUAGAGGGGGCCUGCAGCACCUGCUUCUGGCCAAUGGCGACAUACCAGGCUAUCCUACUUCACGUUAUUUUGUCUAUUCUCAUGAAAAGCGAAGGUGUCGUCAACUUCGACCUGAAAGCGUCUAUUUCCGCUACGGAUUUAACAUUACUCAAAUCACUUGUUGGAAGUUGUCGACGACUGGGUAUGUUCUUUUAUCCGAACAUGCUCGCCAAAUAUAAGCAAGCCGACCUGCCCUCAUUUGUCUGGGUGGGCGUCGAAGAGAUCAAGCGAUUCAAUAUAGCAUUGUAUAAGCUAUGUGUGAAAUUGAGCAACGUAAGUCAGGAAGACAGGCCAUUAUUAACUGCCGGUGAACUCCAGUUCCCCCUUCCAAGCAAUGACCCCUUGUGGAAUUCCGUUGAAAGAGAUGAAUGGGAAGCUAAUGCGAAGGAGGAGAAUACGGUUUCGUUGGGCGACAACUUUCAGGCGAAGUGGAUUUCUAAGUUUGCAGAUAUAUUAGGGUUCCUUGGUCCAUAA